AUGGAUCCCACCGCACCUCAAAGUGCCGAGGCUGAGUUACCAAAACAACCCGUCUCAAACGGCAACGACCAGACCGAAGAACCACCUGCGAAGAAGGCUAGAUUAGAAGAAUCUGCGCCUUCAGAGCAACAGAAUGGAAAUGAACAGAUCUCUGAUAGCAGAAGGAGAGGCGAAGCACCAGUAAAAGCAGAGUAUCUCCUUCCGAAGCCCGAACAGGCCCAAGCAGUCGAUUUGAACGCCGACGACGCUGCGGAGGCAGCCGGACACCAAGAUCGCGACGACGAAAAGAAAGGGAAGAAGAAGAAUACCGGGCAGAACAAGAAGCGCACGUUCGGGAAAUCAGAGGACGCGAAGGGAUUGUGUGGUAGCAGAGCGCACAGCGCGGAAUUUUCGCCCGGUGAAUGUUCGUGGGGCGAGAAAUGUCGGUUCGAGCAUGAUCUGCGCACAUAUCUGAAGGAACACAAGCGGGAGGACCUUACAACUUUCAAUAGCCUGUGUCCAAUCUGGGAUUCUCGUGGAAAAUGCGGCUCGGGUUGGAAAUGCCGCUUUGUUGGUUCCCAUAUGACCGAGCGGGAGACUGAGGAUGGGCGAAAGGAGCUGGUAUUGCUUGAGGACGAAGAGCGCAAGAAGAACGCCCAGCCAACAGUUCCGUCCGCGGGCGAGGACGGUAUGGUCAAUACCGUUUCGGUGGAUGAGAGGCUGUCGCUUUCAAGACGACGUAUGGGGCUGCCACGGUCUGAAAAAUAUGCCGAUUGGAUAGACGAGACAUCGAAACAGCUUGAGAAGGACCUUCAUGGACGGUAUAAGAACGGCGCCAUUCCAGCUGAAGAUGCCGCCGAAGAGAAGGACAAGGAAGAGAAGGAAGAGAACCGGGCAAAGUACCGGGAGGCUCCCUUCAUGCCAUCCGAGAAAAGACGGUUAUAUUUUGGGCCCGAGACCCCUGCUCUAGCGCCCCUUACUACACAAGGAAACCUACCGUUCCGAAGGCUUUGUGUUGAACUUGGUGCGCAGCUCACGUACUCGGAGAUGGCUCUCAGUAUGCCCUUAGUUCAGGGUCAACGGGGAGAGUGGGCUUUGAUGCGUGGGCAUGAAUCGGAGGCCACGCCCCCAAAAUACUCCCCACGCGAUGGCAUAGUAGAGGGCUAUGACAACUCCAAAGACGUCAAAUUCGGCGCACAGAUAGCAGGAAACAAGUACCGAUACGUUAUGAAGGCUACGGAGGUGUUAUCCAAGUUUACUCCGAAUCUCCGCGUUAUUGAUCUGAACUGUGGGUGCCCUAUUGAUCUCCUUUACCGAGAGGGUUCCGGCUCUGCGCUGCUUGACACUCCAGCAAAGCUGGAGAAGAUGCUUCGCGGAAUGAACGCUGUCUCUCAAGAGAUUCCAAUUACCGUCAAAAUUCGCACAGGAACAAAAGACAGCAACCCCAAUGCCCAAAAGCUGGUGGAACGUCUCGUUCUUGGAGGCCAUGAGGCCAGUAUGCUUAACUGUGGCCCAUCGGGUGUAGCGGCAGUCACGCUCCACGGACGGAGUAGGCAACAACGGUACACAAGAGCGGCCAACUGGGAGUAUAUUUCCGAAACGGCCGCUCUCAUCAAGCGUCUCAACGAAAAGUCAGAUGAAAUUACGGACACUAUUCGCGAACCCGAAGAACGGAUGCGGCCGAAUGGCGGAAAGACUUGGUUCUUAGGAAAUGGCGACUGCUACUCUCAUGCAGACUAUAAUGAUCACAUUAACCACGCCGGUGUAGACAGCGUUAUGGUUGGCCGUGGUGCCCUGGUCAAGCCGUGGCUCUUUGAGGAAAUCCAAACAGGCCAGUACCUCGACAAGUCAGCUUCUGAGCGACUCUCGUACGUCGAAAAGUUUGCCAGAUACGGUAUGGAUGUAUGGGGUUCCGACGAGAUUGGCAUUGGCCUCACCCGUCGCUUCAUGCUUGAAUGGCUGAGCUUCACGUGUCGCUACCUGCCCAUCGGGCUCCUCGAAUAUCUUCCCCCGAAGAUCAAUGACCGACCCCCGUACUAUAGAGGCAGGAAUGAUCUGGAGACUCUCAUGGGGAGCAACAACUACAAGGAUUGGAUCAAGAUCAGUGAGAUGUUCCUCGGCCCAGCCCACAAAGACUUCAAGUUCGAGCCCAAGCACAAAUCCAACGCCUAUGAGGCGGAGGGUUGA